GUCUCUCUCUCUCCCCUCCCUCUCUAAGUGUGUGUGUGUGUGUGUGUGUGUGUGUGAUGUGCUGUGACACACAGGGGCCCCGGAGCUCCUCCACACUCCUCCAGUCCACGCGUCAGGGUUCGGGUUCUCCUCGGCGCGCGCUCACGUCUCGACCCUGUUACUGGUCUCCUCUGUUCUUUGUUUUGCUUUCCCUGAUCCUCUGGACCUUUCCCGCGCCAUGCUGCUGCUGCUCCUUAUGGUUCUGCUUCCACCUGGUGAAAGUUUUCCGUCCUACGAGGCGGAGGAUGAGUUCGAUGCCCUGUAUGACUCCGGCGCUUUGGAGGAGCUGGAGGGCAGGAACGCGAGCGCCGUGUGUGAGCAGUGCGUCCCGGAGCUGUGUCCCCCGACCCGGGGCUGCAGGGCGGGGCUCGUCCGGGACUCCUGCGGCUGCUGCUCCGAGUGCGGGAACCUGGAGGGACAGCCGUGUGACCCCGGGGACAGGAACCUCUACUACGGGCUGUGUGGAGAGGGGCUGGAGUGUCGGAGCGACGCGCCGGAGGACGGAGAGCCGCAGUGUGUGUGCGCGUCCCAGGAGCCUGUGUGCGGGUCAGAUGAACACACUUACAUGAACCUCUGCAAGUUCAGAGAAGCUGCCUUCUCCAAACCGGGACUGACCUCGAGCCGCGGGCCCUGCAGCACCGUUCCUGUCAUCAAAGUUCCUCCCCGUGACUUGGUGAACGUGACCGGCAGCAGUGCAGUGUUUUUGUGCGAGGUCUUCGCCUUCCCUAUGGCGCUGGUGGAAUGGAGGAAAGAAGGAAAUGAGGUUGUUUUGCCUGGAGAUGAUCCUCAUAUAUCUGUGCAGUCCAGAGGAGGUCCUCAGAAGUAUGAGCUCUCGAGUUGGCUCCAGAUUGAGGACGCGACUCGGGCAGAUUCGGGGACUUACAGAUGCAUCGCCAAGAACGUCCUGGGCAACGUCUCAGCCACUGCAGUGCUCGGGAUCCUGCCUCCAGAUGAGAUGUCUGCUUUUUUAGAAGAAAGCAUGAAAGAGUUGAUGGGAUACGAUCCAAUCACAGACUAUGACGGAGACUACUACUGAACUGCUUUUGAACUGAAACACUUCCUCAACAAAAGACUUGAAAAGAUCUACUUGAAGACCAAAACAGCCUCCUGUGUCUGGGAGAGACUCGAUAUCUGGAGCUACAGACUAAAAGAACACAGAGAGAGAGAGAGAGAGAGAGAAAACAUGCAGCAGUCCAGUGAAAUGAAAGAGACAUCACUGAUGGAUGUAAAACAUCUGCGAUGGAGGGUUUAAUUAGAGCAUGAUGGAGGAUGAAUAUUUCUUUUGUUUUAACUGCUGCUCGUUAUAUAUUUCCUCUUGUGAUGUCGGCUAUAAAUAUAAAUGCUUCUGAACAGGAACCUCGGAGAACGUUCCAGAUGUACUGUAACUCUUUGUUGAGUCUCUAAUUUCAUGUGUCCUUUGAAGGCCAAGUUUGGAACAUUUCCCUUUCUGGAGUUUAUAUAGUUUUCCAUAUGCGGCGUCCCUCUGUGUGUAUGCAUGGAUGUUGGUUUGAUUCCCAGAGGGUGGAGCGUUGUCCACAGCUGGAUUUCUUUAAAAACAUCUGUCUUAAAGCCUGUGAAUUUCUUUUAAAUUUCUUUUAAGGUGCGAUCAUUAACAUUUUCAAUAAAAACUAUGAUUAUGGACAAAAUCCUGACAUACUGUACUUUGGCCUUGUAAUAUUUCCGACUGGUUCGAGUUCCACUCUCAGAUGAAAAGGCUGUGGAAAGUGAGAUCUUUCUUUGUUUUUUAGCUUUGAUUCAGACUAGCUAUAUACCCUCACUGACCACUUUAAUAGGGACGUGUUGUUGAUUGUAAGAUCUCUGUUCUUGGCUGCAGGAGUGGAGCCCAGUGUGUUCUUCUGUUCUGCUGUUGCAUGCUGAGAUGCUUUUCUGCUCAUCACGGUUGUAAAGAGUGAUUAUAUGAGUUACUAUAUCCUUCCUGGCAGCUUGAACUGCUCACUCUGUCCAUUUUCUGAUCUCUGACCCUCUCUUAUCAACAAGGCGUUUGUUUCCACCCACAGAACUGUCGCUCACUCACUCAGUGUUUUUUGUUUUCCGCACCAUUCUGUGUAAACUCUAGAGACUGUUGUGUGUGAAAACCCCAGGAGAUCAGCAGCUUCUGAAAUACUCAAACCAGUCCAUCUGGAUCAAACCAACACCCAUACCACAGUGAGAGAAAGUCACACUUCACUGUGAGAUCACAAUUUUUCCCGUUCUGAUGUUUGAACAUUGUGAACAUUAACUGAAACUUUUGAUUUGUAUCUGUGGGAUUUGAUGCAUCAAGGGAUCGGCUGAUGUAGGUGUAUAGGUGUUUCUAAUAAAGUGGCCAGCGAGUGUAUGCCUAUUUAUUA